AUGCCGGGCACGGUGUGGACCGAAGACCUACGCAUGUGGGUCCUGCUUGUGGACAGUAUCACACUGAUCACAGGGCUCCCCGCCAACCUGCUCGCCCUCUUCAUCUUCAUCCGAAAAAUGAGACAGCGAGCCACACCGCUCGACGUUCUCCUGCUCAACCUCAACAUCUCGGACCUGGUCUUCCUCUUGUUUCUCCCAUUCCACACCAAAGAGGCGGCCGACAUGAAAUGGACGGUCAGCUACUUUCUCUGUCCACUGUCGGGAUUUAUCUUCUACAGCACCUUCCACAACAGCAUCUUGCUCCUAACUGCUAUUGGUGUGGAGCGCUAUCUGGGCGUGGCCUUCCCUAUCGCCUACAAACUCAAGCGAGAUCCCAGAAUGGCCGUGCUCGCCAGCUUCAUGAUCUGGAUCCUGUCCAUGGGCCACUGCAGUAUUGUUUACUUCAUGCAGUACUAUAAACACAACAAAACCCAGCUGGAUCCAUCCCACAAAAACUCCUGCUACAAGGAGUUCAGUGACGAGCAGCUCAGCGUCCUUCUCCCGUUUCGUCUGGAGCUGGCCAUCGUACUUUUCAGCAUCCCGUUUAUAAUCUCCUGCUUCUGCUACGUGAAAUUCAUCUUCAUCCUCUCGCGGCUGCCCAACUUCAACCGUAAGAAGCGUCUCAGGGCCAUCGGACUCGCUUUGGUCACCUUCCUGGUCUUCAUAAUCUGUUUCAUGCCCUUAAAUCUGUCUCAUGUGGUGGGUUUUAUUUAUUGGAACAGUCCUAAAUGGAGAGUGUACGCCCUGCUCCCCAGCACCCUGAACGCUUCCUUGGACCCGUUCAUCUUCUAUUUCUCGUCUUCAGCGCUCAGAGACACCAUCAACCACUCGUUACGGAGACUCGCCAUUCGGCUUUCCUUCAGGUUCAGCACCACAGAGAACAAACAGACGUCUAGAACAGAGGAAAGUUCUCGUGACAAUCAGCUACAGACGACUACUGAUUUUUAG